CCAAUGUCUGCAUGCGAUGCUGUGAUCUUAUUUCGUGACCCGUGUCAUUUUACCUUCCCAUCCUUACUACCUACAUGUCACUAUCACUAUAUCCAGAGCUUUGUAAUUUAUUGUUGCCAUAUUCGGUCUUUGCCUUAAUUUUCUUCCCCUCUCUUUGGAAUAUAAGUGGUUUUUUUCUUCUUUCUAUUGAUAAUAAGCGGAUAAAUUUAGCUCACACUCCUUUCACCUUUUAAGACAAUAGGCAUUGUCUUGUUGUCCUACAUAAUACCUCAAUCUACUCCCUGUCGCGAUGUCAAAUCCCGGGCGAAGCUAGAAUUCAUAAGAAAAAAAAGAAGAAAAAGCUGCGAUAACGCAAACGCGCGACUGCCACAGCGACUGCGACAACGACAACGAUUGUAUAUAUGACGGGUUGGUGCGACGCGACUGCUACUACAAAAUUGUAAACGAUUACGAUUUAUUUAUCUCCCGCUCGCGCUAUUACAUCCUCCAUAGCAUCGUAGAUGCGCGCCGUCGGGGUAGAAUCAUGUGGAGGCGUGCCUAUUUGUUUCUGGUUCUUGUCCGACUAUGGUUCGCGCUCAAGCCAAGCUAUUUACAUCCAGACGAAAAUUUCCAAGGUCCCGAAGUCAUAGCAGGUCAGAUCUUUAGCUACCCCGUCCGACUUACCUGGGAAUUUACGAGCGACCACCCAAUACGUAGCGUCUUUCCGCUAUGGCCGGUCUACGGACUACCCAUGCUUCUACUAAAGUGGCUGUGGGCCGGUUACGGGGAGGAUGGCGAGAUACCACCGAUCGCGGUAUUCUGGACGUUGCGGGUAGUCAUGUUUAUCAUUAGCUUUGUGAUGGAGGACGGGGCUAUUUAUGAGCUGGCCCAGUCUGCGCAACAUCGCAAAACCGCCCUGCUGCUCGUGGCGUCUUCCUACGUGACCUGGGCAUUUCAAACCCAUACUUUCUCUAACUCGAUCGAGACUCUUGUCGUUCUGUGGUGCCUCGUGCUCGUUGAACGUAUUCUCGAGGCUUCGCGCGCUCAAAGAUCCGCCCUGGUGGCGUCCACCGUACUUGGAAUUCUAGCCGUCUUUGGCGUUUUUAAUAGAAUUACUUUUCCCGCAUUUUUGCUUAUUCCUGGACUUCGAUUGAUACCCCAUUUCAUACAUAGACCUCUUUCCCUCGUCGUUAUGGCAGCGUCAGGGCUCUUUACAGUUUUAAUUGCCAUUUCUCUCGAUACGGCUUUCUAUACUCCUCACGCGAUUUCCUGGUCGGAUCUCUAUCGUAAUCCUGUAAUUACGCCGUUGAACAACCUACAAUACAAUCUUUCGCCCUCGAAUUUAGCGCAGCACGGAUUACAUCCUUGGUACCAGCAUCUUUUGCUCAAUCUUCCGUUGCUUAUUGGGCCUGCGGUGGCUCUCUUGUUCACGAAGCCACAGUUAUCACUUAGGCUGGCCUCGGCGAUAUCAGGGGUGUUUGUUUUAUCCAUAUUUCAACACCAGGAAGCUCGAUUUUUGCUACCAGCGGUACCCCUUUUGCUCUCGUCUAUACAGCUCCCGCCGAAGAAGUCCGAGUAUCGGAAGAUCUGGCUUUCUGCCUGGAUUUGCUUCAACGUGGCCCUUGGCCUUCUAAUGGGAGUAUACCAUCAAGCCGGUAUCGUGCCAGCUCAAGAAUUCCUGAGCAAACAGCCCGAUGCGACGCAGGCCAUAUGGUGGAAGACUUAUAUGCCCCCAAUAUGGCUUCUAAACGGCAAGAACGAGGUAUUAAAAACCAGGGACGUGGCGGGGAUGCCGGGCGAACUAUUAUUUGAGGAGCUGACGCAGAUAGCGACCUGCGACACACCAGCCGAUCGGAGGAAUCACGAAUAUCUCAAGGAACCGAACGGUACCUACCUGAUCGCGCCGCUCUCUGCGGCAUGGCUCGAUCCAUACCUAGACAACAAGGGUUUAGACGGGUUACGGUUUCGGGAGGUUUGGCGGAAUAGCAGGCAUUUAAACCUGGACGACUUGGAUUGGGCGGAAGACGGGUUCUGGCCUACUCUGGAAAGGGUAGUUGGUAGACGAGGACUGGCAGCUUGGAGGGUUACCAAGAGCUGCGGCCGACCUCAGCGGUAAUGAGAAAAUUUAAAAUAAAAAUCAAAUAUACCUAUUCCAUCA